AUGGAUGCUGACGAGCUCAAUGCAACCCAUCUGGACCAAAUGGUCUCAUGGUGCAAUUAUUUUGAUAAUGUCUACGGCUACCCCGGGGUCGAGAGACUGGCGUCUCGGUACCGUGAUGGCCAUCAUUGUCGCUGUGUUCUCAAGGUCAGCGGAUCUUUUAACCUCUGCAUCAAAGUUGAUUUCGACGAUGAUCAAGCUUGGGCUGUACGUUUCCCUGUACCUGGCCGAGUCAUGCACCCGGAAGAAAAGGUUCGUCAAGAAGCCGCUGUGCUGAAGUUCAUCAAACACAAUACGCGAGUGCCAGUCCCAACGCUCAUUGCUUUCGGAUCGAGUUCAGAGAACCAUGAUCCAGAAGUCGGACCAUUUGUCAUAACGACAUGGAUUGAAGGUGUACCAUUGGUCAAGAUCUUGGAACAACUACCACGUCCAACUUGGGGCCCUGUCCUGCGAGAUGACCUUGAUCACGAUAUGCUGUCUGAGAUUCAUACUCAAUUAUCCGAGAUACUGCUGGAGUUGAAUUCGCAAGAAUUCGAUAGCAUAGGAUCCCUGAGGAUGUCCGAAGAGAACUCCCAGCCUUCCUGGUCUGUCGUCACAAGACCUUUGACAUUGAAGAUGAAUGAGAUACAAUCAGCAGGCUACGUCGUCGUAGACGCGCCACCUUUCGACAAUGCUGUCUCAUACGUAGAGAACCUUGUGCAGCAGAACAUAACGCAUCUGUAUGAGCAAAAGAAUUCUGUUGAUGAUGCAGAAGACGCCCGCCAAAAGUUCAUCCUCCGUCGACGGAUGCAAGCACUUGUGCCUUACUUCAUUUCUAGACACGGCCUCGGCCCGUUCAGAAUCUACUGCGAUGACAUACAUCCCCGCAAUGUGUUGGUUGACGAGACCACACACCAGAUAACUGCCGUCAUCGACUGGGACUGGACUUAUGCUGCUCCUCAAGAGUUUUUGAUCGGCCCGCCUUCUUGGCUAGUGUUAGAGGACAUAACAGGAUGGACCACAUCGAGUGAGAUCAUGUUUAAACAACAGGUGGAGCUCUUUCUCAAGGCUCUUUCAGAUGCAGAGGUAACAAGAGAGCAAUGUGGGUCCACACAGGGAUCGAAUGAGUGUCGUAUGUCCGACUUGAUGCGUCAGAAUUAUGAAGAUGGCACAUUUUGGUUCAUCCAAUUAUUGUUCCAGGCUUUCAACUUUGAUGGAGACGAGGUAUGGCCAAACCUGGAGCCAUUCUUGGAAAAACGGGGGCUGCUCGAAGUUGGAAUUCCAAGCGAAGAGGAAGUCGAGGAAUUCGUGGCUUGGAAGAUGGAAGACCUUGAGGCGUAUAACCAGGAGCUGCAGAGGAGGAACGACGAACAACAGACAGGAUCAGAAAUCGAACCGGAGAUCCAAGUCUGCCAACACGCAGGCGAUAAUAAGACUACUACAAAGCCUCUAGACANNCGCCACAAGAUGAGCCAGAGAUGGAUACAAGCGAAAGUCCGAGCGACAAACCAAACAAAUNCUGCCGAUGGUUGUGCAGACGAUCAUCAUGCAUCAUUCAAUACUCAAGAAGAAGAGGACAUGGAUACGAGCAAUCAACCAAGCGGACAGGCAAGCAACCCCAAAGAUGACCGCACAAACGAUGACACUUUACCAUGCGUAGAUUUGCAGUCUCAAGCCAUGGCAGACCAUACCACCACAGGAGCCCAAGAGGCCGAGAAAAAACGCACUUGGUUAGAAAUGAUGAUUCCAGCGUGCGUCUUCAAUUGA